UUUCACUCCUGCAGGAGUUUUUUCCAUUCUCCUGACUUGUCUGAGGACUUGGGCCUGUGUGCCGUGUCGCAGGCCAAGCGCUUAUUAUGACUUGAGCAAUGGUCCAUUGUUUGCCUCUGAAUGAGGGCUCUCUGCCCUAAUCUGGCAUUAGACUGCAGAUCUGCUCAAAGUCUCUUACACGCAACAAAUAUGCUCACAUUCCACAGUGCGGAUGAACACUCCUGCAUGUUUACCUCACAAACCGACGCUCCAAACAGUGCUGAGUCAGCAGAUUCCAAGAGAGAGAAUGUGAAUUGAUGAACUGACGUUAGUUUCUACAAAUGAAACGUGGGCAACUUUUUAUUCUGGAUUGCCAACCUGAUCACAGCGGAAAUAUAAACAGCUUUUGUUUUGUUGGCUUUCGCAGAGCCAGCAAAUCUCUUUGACCCUCAAAUUUCUAUGUAUUUUAUAAGUUGACCAGGAUGAUCGGCGAACACAACACAUCAGAUCAGGGGUAAACGUGGGGCUGCAUUUUAAGACGUUUCAAGAUAUAAAACAAUGUUUCAAGUCUGGAGGCAAUUCAAUCAGGCGCUCAAUAAAGAGUGGUAAUAAAAUACAACAUCUGAUGAGAGGAAAACCAUAAACACUCUCAUUAGCAGUUUGUAGUAACCCAUAUAGAUCGAGGAACCACGUGGAAGAAAGCUCUCUGGUCAAUGAAGCUUACCGCAAAAACAUUUUAUAAAAAAAACUUGGGUUGUUUUUAAAUUGCCGUGUCUCCAUUAAGCCUCCGGCGCUCAUGGUUUGUAGAAAACUGUGCAGCUUUUCAAGCAUCUAGCACUUGCACUAAUGGACAUCCGCAACCGGGAUCUGACUGUUUAGUCUUUUCAGCAAUCCAGAGACAGAAAUUCACACCCUCCACUGCUAAUCCUUCAGACACCAACGUCUCCUGCAACGGUGUGUCGACCAAGUGGGCUAAAAACGAUCUGUUGACGCUGACAGCAACCUCCGGGCGUGUGCAUGCGACGUGACCAUUUUAUUUUCAACCGCAGAGGCUCGUAACAGCGGGCGCUUUGUGGAGUCCGGGGUCAGGGGUGGCAUUGAGAGGGGCAGCAGACAGAAGGGCAGGAAAUAAGAGGAGCAGGAGCUUUGAAGCAUGAAAGAAAAUCUCCUGCGAGGCCGAUGGUGGAAGCAAUCAGCUGCUGGGCCUCCAAGUGGAAAGCAGCAGGAUUUGAAAGAAAAGGAGCAGCUGCUUCGCGUUGGGCUAGUGUGACAUCUAGUGGCAGGACUAGGCAGAACGCAGGGGCCACGCUGACUCACCUUUAAGAGCCUCACGCCUGGUGAGUCAUUAUUGGAUGUUUGUCUUUCUAUGUUUUCAUGGUUCUCGACUUGGACAUGAUGACAGAAGCUAUAAGUAUAAGUGUAAGUGUUGAACAUCUAAAAAAAGCUCCACAUGUUCCUGCCAUAAACUUUCAGCUUCCCUCUGUUUCCCUCUGUCGCCUUACAGCUGGAAAAAUAGCAGAAUGCUUAGAUUGUUUGAUUUGUCUUCUUUUUUUUUUUUUUUGCUAAACUGUUUAAAAAAAAAAGAGGAAGUGGUAUUGUAGCAGGGGAAGCUGAUUAGCAUUUCUGUAACUACUCAAUGGUCCAAAGUAAACAUUUGCACACAUGACACAGGGAGUGAGGCUGCUCUGACACCUGUUGAAGAGAAGGAACGAAAAUACAAACGUUCAGCCUGCCUUUGCUCAUUCUUAACCGCACGUGCAAUCGAUUCUGUGUCAGCCUUUGCUAUUUACCCGGUUGCUAGGCAGUCGGUGACGUAUCAAACGGCAGAAAAGCACCCCACCAGACCUUGAAGGGCUAGAGCUUCCUCUUCUUCCCCUCAUGAUUUCUCACCUCCGAAACCAAGAGUCAUCUGCUCGCAGCAGAUGCCACCUCUUCUUGCAGCUACGCAGGCAAACCACAUCAGUACGCGGGAUUUUCUGACUUCACAAGCCAACGGACAACUCUCUUUGUCUCGUGCAAAAACAGUGCACAAGAAAGAGGAAGGAGAGGAAGGGUGUGUGCGUGUGUGUGUUUGCUACUGUACAGCCGGAGGAGGGGUGUGUGUUGAUGAAGCAGUCGAAGCAUGCGGAUGCCAGCACAUGUCUCUGGUCGUGGACUCUUCCUUCAGCGUCCGAUGAUGAGUUCAGGAGAAGACGAAGCAACACAAGGUAAUGACCGACCUUCUCUUUGAACGUAGCGACUGAGAGGAAGUUUGGCUGCUUGUCCUUGCGGUUUGCCACGCUUUGCAUUUUUUGAUGAGUAGGGUUUGUUUUGAAGUCUUCUGUUAUGCUCAUGCACGCAGGGUGUGAACGACGUCUUGACUGCUGUGUCCUGCUGUCUUUUUUGAUUUUUCAUUUUGUAAUUCUGAUCUAAGACGUUUUAAGAUGAGGAGACCGUCUCUGUAUCUCAGUUCGGAGAUGUUUGCGGAGUGAAAGGAAAACGGGUAGAUGAUGGAUAACCAAGCGCAACCGAAGACCAACGCAGUCAGGGGUCAAGGCAAGUCCAGGUUUCCAGCAAAACGGCCAAAAAGAAAGAGAGAGAAAAAAAGGUCUGUUUUUGUCUUCCUCUUGUGGGACCAGUGUAGGAAGGGUGUGGACCAGUCUAGAUGACAGAGGGAAGGCUGAUGCUUCUCUGAUAAAAAAAAAAAAAAAACAAACAAAAAAAAAAAACUAGCUCCUACCCUUAGAUUUCCUGUUGCAGCCUUUAUCAAAGUUUAAUCUGCUACCUUCACUGUCAACACUUUAUUGAGCACGCAAAACAGUUAACGGUCCUGACAACUGUUAUGUUUUGAUUUCACACGACUCUUUUGUUUCACACUUUGUGAGCUGAGCUGCUUUCUAAAGAGGGAAUUCAGAGUGCUUACUUAAUACUCUGACUAUUUCAGCCUGUUGUGAAAUCUCAAGAAGGUCUCUCCGACAGGACUGAGAGGAAUGCUUCCAGUUGCACGACGACCAGUUUUAUUUUAUGUUUUUAAUCUAACUCUGCGGUUUAUCAGGAAAACCCCUCAUCUAAGCUGUUAGAUCGUAAAUUUCAGGGCAGGGCCGCACCUUGGCUGGCGUCCGUAUCUCCAGAGCCACAGCAGGACAAAGUGAGGCGUUGAUAAGCCUGAUCGGGUUUAGAGAAGCAACAUCCAGAGGAACAAAGAAACUUUUAAAAAAUGGAAUCAAAAAUCACUGGAAGGUUGAUUAAAAACUACAAAACUGCUGGGACCUUUACCUGGAGCCAUGCGCUUCUGGUCAAAUGACACAGACAUUUUCUGCAUCAUACAUUAAAUCAACAACCCAGUACAAAUGUUCAACAUUAACACAGUAAUCAGAUGCUGGAUGGAGUCUUACUGAAACAGAGCCAGAGAUGGGAUGGGAGCAAAGAUGAUAAACAGAUUGGAGGAAAAUGGAAAUUUAUCACAAUUGAUAAGACUAUUUAUUUAUGUGUUUAUUUAUUUAUUGUCGGCCAUUUUUAACUCUUCCAUACACCAAAAAAGUAAAAUUAAAAUAAAAAAACCACAAUCCUGACAACAAAACAGCAGCAACAAAGACCGAACCAAUACGGAAAUAUAGAAACAAUAUUUCAAUUAAUGUCAGUGGUAAAAACACAAACUUAUACCUUCACACAGGGUCAUCAAAAUCUAAACAGCAGAAUCUUUUCUGUGUAUUUAUUGGUCUUGAAUUAAUCCCAGGUGAGUCUGCAGGGAAACCCGCAAAAUAAAACCUUAUCGUAUUCGUUUAGCAAAUUAUUUUUAUCCAUUUUUUUAUUUAAUGAUUGAAAAACAGAGUUUUAACUCCUCCUAACAAUUAUUCCACAUCUGAAACCUUGUAACUUAAAUACAGUUGUUUUUAACCUUUAGAUGUUGUUUUUUUUAAACACCCUUCUCUAUUAAUUUGUCUCUUUAACCCUUUAUGUCCUAAGUUUUAAAACUGCCUCGAUAUUUUUGCUUAAUUUAAUUGUACCCAGCUCUUUAAAUGUCUUGAGUAAAUAUAUUUGUCCAUUAAUCCACUACAUUCAAUCUCUUCCAAGUUAUUUUGACAAUUCACCGUCUAUUUAAAGAGCGGCCCGCCGAUUAAUUUCACUCCCUGCUACAGUGGGGGGAUAAAUUACCGUAAUAACCGGAAAUUGGCUGGAAAGCGCAACGUCUCCCCUUUCAGAAUCUCUUGGAAUUUUUCAGAUAGCGCCAAGUGUGGAGGAAUUACGGUACUGCAAAUUUGGCUGGAUCGUCGGCGCUCCGUUUAAUUUCAGACCACUUCUCACCGGGGAAGGAGUUUGUUAUUGUCUUUGCCCAUGAUGUUGUCGCUGCAACAUUUUCUCCAACCUGCAUGUAGGCAAAACAAAACUCAUACAGUUUAACAGUCAGCUACACAAACACAGUUCAAGAUCAGUGAUGCCCCCAGUAAUUUUUGUGGAGUCAGUGCCAGGCUGGCAUCUCUUUCAAAUACCAGGACGUUUUAAGAGAAAAAAGUCCGGCGUGUUUUACCUGUAAACUGAGAACGAUAAUCACUCACAACCAAAUCCCCAGACACAAAAUCUACCUUCUCUCCUCCUCGGCGCUCAGAGCUGAAUGCUAUGAAAAGCAAAAACUAAAAACGAGAUGAGCUGAAGAGGAGAGAGCAAAAAGAAAAUGUCUCCCUCUACCUCUGUUUGUGUUUCAUCCUGUAAAAUGGUACAGGAAAAAAACUACUGUCUUAAUAUGACAGUAGAGUUAACAAGAAUUGUAUAUUAUUUUCUAUUCUCAUACACAGAUAUUGAUUUACCUAAAUAAAGCUUCUUCUUUUUUUCUGUGAGUGACUGUGUAAAAAUAAAGGUUUUAUACAACUGGUUGCUUUGAGGACAUUUCUACAGACAGCAGACUGUAGAAGAUGUGGGACCAAACGUAAGAGAACGUUGGCAGAUGCAAAGGAACGGGUUCUGAAGCAGGAAGAAAAACGCCCGCUCAAUGCGAAACCAAACCUUCACUGGUGAUGCUGACUAAGAACAUGAUCUGACAAACCCGCCCUCGGUGGUGUUCUUAUUUAAUAAGAGAACAACAACAUAAUGACCGUAAACGAAACUGGACCGACAGACGGGUUCUCAAGCAACCUCUACGACCCGUCCUGCAACCAUGACCUGUCCUGCUGGGAGCAGACGAUGGACAAGAUGUACACCUACUUCUACCUGCUGCUCUUCGUCCCCGGGCUCUUCCUCAACACCACCGCUCUCUGGGUCCUCUGCAAACACUUCAGUAAGAAGACCAAAGCGGUGAUAUUCAUGAUCAACCUGGCUUUUGCAGACCUGGUCCACGUCCUCUCUCUGCCCCUACGGAUCUAUUAUUACUUCACACACUCCUGGCCCUUCGGAAAAGGCAUCUGCUUGCUCUGCUUUUAUCUCAAAUACCUAAACAUGUACGCCGCAAUCUUUUUCCUGGUGUGCAUCAGCGUGCAGAGAUACAGGUUCCUCCUCAAGCCGUUCACCGCCCGCAACUGGCGGCGUCGCUACGACCUGCUCAUCAGCAUGGCGGUGUGGGUGUUUGUCGCUGUCGGUUGCUUGCCUUUUAUUCUGAUGAGGAGCAGCGGGAGCGGCAACGCCAGCGAGAGCCUCGCCCCGCACACCUCCGCCCCCGCCAUGCCGUUGAGCACGACAUGCACUCCAAACGCCAGCGCCGCAUCCAGCAACGGCAGCUGCUUCAAAGACCUGCCCAUGCGGAAGAUCUCCGUCCCGCUGGCCGUCAGCCUGAUCAGCAUGUGCGAGCUGUUUGGAUUCCUGAUCCCUCUCGCCUGCAUCAGCUACUCCUCCAUCCGCAUAGCCUGGUCUCUCAACCACAGUCAGCCCCAGAACCGGCAGGACUCCGUCGCUCCCGGCUCUUCGAUGCGCAGCAGACUCCAGUCCUUCACUUCCAACGGCCACCCAGACAAAAGCCACGAAAAGCCCGCCAACAGCGGCGAGAAGCGGCGGGCCCUGCAGAUGGUCCUGAGCUGCUCGGCUCUUUUCCUGCUCUGCUUCGCCCCGUACCACAUCAACUUCGUGCUCUACAUGAUGGUCUCGCAGAGGGUUGUCGUACACUGCGCCACCGUGCUGGCUGUCAAACAGUUUCACCCCAUUUCCCUCUGCUUGGCGAGCAUGAGCUGCUGCCUGAACCCUCUGCUGUAUUACUUCCUGAACGCCGAAUUCAGAAUGCACCUCAAGCGCACCUCAUCCUUCUCCAACUCGAUCCUGUCCUCGCCAAGCUCCCCGAGAGACUGUCCGACGCAAGCCAAGCUGCUGAGGAUGGAGAGCACCUGUUCCAAUUAGCAUCGCAGAGAGAAGAUCCCACUGGGCCUUGCAAAAGUAUUCAUACUGCCUCUUGAACUCUUUCACAUGUGUUUUGGUCACAGACUUAAUUGUCUAUUUCUGUGUCUUUCUCUUUUUGAGAAAACACAAGUGCGUAAUUGUAAAGUGGAACCAUCUGUGGACACCAGUCUUGCCAGAUAUUCUCAAUUGGAUUGACUUUUCCACUUUGAUUGGGUCGUUCUCAUAAACAAGGUUUAAGCUAACCCAAUCCGCUGCUGUCUGAGUCUCUGAAGGGACAGUGUUUUGUAAAAUUGACUUUGUGAAGCUUUAUAUCAUGUUACAAUGCCUCGUCGAAAAUAUACCUGGAGAGUGUCGCCUUGAUUCUUUUAUUCAUGUUUGAGAAAUCCUUUAAUCUGCAAUGGCAACCAUUUGUGGUUACCAAAACAUUUGUUCUCACCAAGCGCCGUCUUCCACAUAGCUCCUUCAGACUAGUGACAGCAGCCAUUAGUGAACACCUGUGAAAGUUAUUAUAUGAACUCUCUCAGUCCAGCAGCUGAAGGACGUUGUUAAGGGCUUAACAUAGAAACUUUGUUGCGAUGACAUAAUGAAGGAAGAGCGUGGAAAAGAGCAGGACCUUCUUAAAGAGACGGAGGCCCAAUCUCAAAGCGUUAAAUUGCAAAGUCAAUUCUUUUUUAGUCAUGUGUGAUUAUGUACACAUUUCAUAACAACUGAAUGUGACAUAGUUACUAGAUUGUGCUGUAAAAAGUCACUAUGUGCCUGAACACAUAACACUGCCCCUUUAGCAGGUUGGUGCCGUCCAUCUUUUCAACCGUUCCAAUUGGCUGUCCAGUUUCUGAUGAGUGAAUGUCUUCCCACAGCAUGGUGCUGCCUCUCCCAUGUUUCACCAAGGGAAUGAUUCGUUCAGGCCAAUCUCCAGUUUUAGCUUUCCAACACAGAUUAUGCUUGCUUGUAGGCCAGAAAGUUACAUUUUGGGGGUUUUUCUGACCGGACCACAUCUUUACUGUGUCCCGUCCUCAACCCUGCUCAACAAGUCCUGCUGUCCUGCAUGUCCACAUUUCCCCACAGUCACAACCCAGAGGGACAUCUGAACAUAUCAAGACCGUGGGUCAUCUAUCCUACAGUAGGAGACUACCGCCCUUCUUGGCUUGUGGCAAAAAGUAAAAGAAACUUCCAAUAGCUCAUGCCACUCUUCCAUGAACGUUGCAUAUUUAAGAACCUAUUCAGUCAACACGUUAUCCUACCUGAGCUGUGGAUCUGUGAAGCUCCUCUAGAGUUACCAUGAGCCCAUUGGCUGCGUCUCUUGAUUAAAGUUCUCUUUUGUCCGUUUAAGACGCCCACGUCUUGCCUCCCUUGCGGUUUUGCAAUAUUCCACCCUGUUUUUCUAGAAAAUGAUUUGAACUCUAUGAGAUCUUCUGGAUCUUAACCCAGCUUCAAACCUAUCCACAAGUAUCUGCUUGAAUUAUGUGGUUGUGUUUAGGGAUGCACGAUAUUAUUGGCAUGGAAUCGGUAUUGGACGAUGUUAACUGUAAAAUUUAACAUCAGCCAAUCCAUCAAAAAUAACUCACCGAUAUAAUAAGCGUUGCUUUUAUAAAACAGACCAGUGACAGCGACGCCUGCAGCACAACUUCAUAAACCGUUCGGUAUUAAUGCACGACUGAUGUGCUUUUCACUUGCUGCUUGUGAACAGGUUGAGUUUAGUUUUGUGAAGAUUGACAAACUUGCACUGUUUGAGGCGUUGUCAUUGUCCGGAAGAUAAUGUCAUGAAUAAAUUUGACAUAAAAACAAUGCUAGUUGGAAGUGUUGCAUGAUAUUCAGCCUCACUCUAGAAUUUGCAUUCAAUAGCAGGCUAAAUUGGCAAAGAUAACAACAAAGAAAAAAACGGAAAUCGACCAAAAACCCGUCCCUACUUGUGUUCCUUAAUCUUCAUGAAGCUGUUCGUUAUCUGAAUAACACCUGACUGGUUCCACUGGUUUUUAUUUUGGGGCAUCACAGAAAGAACUCUGAAAGCAUACAAUCUACACACAUUCGCUUGAAAAAAAUAGACUUUUCCUUCCACUUUACAUCAACACACAG